AUGGACAAGCCACCAUCCGCGUACGGUCGGUACUUGAUCACCCAAGCAGACGGGAAGUGCUGGAAGUUACCGUUGUACUCUCUCAUGGCGCCGUUGUCAAGCUGGUGGGUUGGACCCUCCGCCUUCGAUGGGGCGGGGCAACCGUACCCCAAGUUGCCAGAGGGUAUGACGGUACUAGCACGAUCUCCCGACGAUUUGAUGGAGUUGGUCACUCUCAUGAACGGCCCUGCUGCAGAUGGAACCUACCAGGUUCACAGUCCGGCUUGGGACAAGAUUUACCACCUGAGCGGAAAGAUCCUCGCAGUGUCCCUCGAAACCCGGUUACACCUGCACCAGAUGGACGCGAUGAAGCAAGACAUAUACUCGUUCAAAGCCCAAGUGGGGGGACAAGACGCUUCCAUUAGUGACCUCAGGAGGAAAGAGAUGACCACGGCCGCCGCCUUCACGAAGCAGAAGUCCGAAUGCGAGAGGGCCAAAGAGCUCGUCAGUAAGAUGCAAACCCAAGUGCGUGAAAAAGGCGCUUACAUCAGUGAGCUCAAGAGGAAAGAGAUGACCACGGCCGCCGCCCUCAUGAAAAAGAAAUCUGAAUGUGAAAGGGCCGAAGAGCGCAUCAGCAAGAUUGUCCAGGGUGAGAGGCUCAUGCUCAGCUCAGCCGGCGAGCAUGACUACGGCUCCAACCUUCCAUCACCGGCUGACCUUGUCCAGCGAAUCGCGAGCAUCCAAGAUCAGCUCUUCGUGGACUGGGUCGCGGAAGCCCUGGGAGAUCCCUGCAACACCUGGUUGGUAGCCUACGAGGAUAUCGUCAAAGCCCUUCUCUUGACGUUCUUGGAGUGCGAAGUUCAGCGGUCAGCCCCACUGAAGUUCUCGGAGAAGUUUGGAAGCAGGGAGGCUUGGAACCCUAGCGAGCACCACAAGGAUACAUUCGACCCGUCGUAUGAAGGAGACAAACUCGUGGAGGGGAACACCCAGGUGCAGGUGGUCAUCCCUCGCCUUUUCUGGGAGAAGAAGAUGGCUGACGAUGACAGUAUUUCAAGGUAUUUUGAAACCCAGGCUUCCUUUGUCGUUCCCAGUGCGUGA